UUUACUUUGUGAUACGCACCAUUCCUCAGUCUCCAAAGGUAUAUACUUCGACUUUAAUAAUGAAGUACUAAUAAAAAAACACAUAGGCGCAAAAUCAAUAUGGCAGCUUGCUGAAUGCGGCAGAGGUUUCUUCUGAGGAGCAGACGAAUCGAUGCAACCGAAGGCCUCAUUAACCGCUUAACCAGUGUUGAUGUGUUGAUAUAUUCACAAUGGCUGCCACUGAGAGUGUUGUAAGACCAGUCAAUGAAGUUAAUUUUCAUGACAAUGACCCUGAUGGAUUCCUGAGAGUAUGCGUCUACAUCCCACCCGGGCCUGGGGGUCUGUCGAGCUGCUGUAUCAACUCACCAUGUGUCUUCAAAAGCUCAAGGAAAAGAAACAGUGACCCUAUCAUCAAUAUCGAAGAGAGAGCCUUUUCUGUCACAGUAGAUGCCGUUGAUCGCAGUAAUAAUGUGGUGACUUAUAAAACAGAAUACGAACUACUAGAACCUCUGGCCGUGAUACGUGAGAAAUCAAAACAUGAGAUUCGAAUAAAUUGCAGAAAUCGAAUGAUCAUCACGUUACUUCUCAAGAAACCGGACAGUAAAUCAUGGGAGCCGCAUUUAAGCUGCGUCAAGAAAAGGUUUUAGAACGAUGCAGAACUCUACAUGUGCAUGUACCUCUUAUUCAUUCUAUGCGUAGUUGUAAAUAAACUAUGUGAGCUGUUUGCUCUUUCCAUUUUGUUUUAUAUACAUGUAUGUGUUGUUAAAAUAACGCGUUUUCUCACUUUUUCGCACGGAAAGGAAGGAUCACAUGAAGGUCGCGAAAGUUGUGUAUUAUAUACAUGUACUUUUUUGUAAUAAAGUACUAAGACUA